AUGGCUCCAGUCUUUGCGAAGGCUUUCUCAAUCACAGGUGUGGGAGCUUUCGCUGAGCAAAGAAAGGUCGUAAAAGAACAAUUCAAGCGCAAACUACCUGAGAUGCUCCAGGACGCUCGGAACUUUAUCGAGGAAGAGCUCGUUUCAAGCAAGACGGAGCGUGUGAACAAGCUGCGAGGGUCAAUUUUUACGCCCAACAGCAAGCCCGGGACUCGUCUCAAUGAGCUGGACAAGAUCUUCAAGAACCUGCUGCGGGACGCGCGUGCCCCCGCGAGCAAGAACGCCGGUAGAUCUCAGGGCACGCAAUCAGAGUCUGUCACGACGGCCAAAGAAACGAUCCGCGCCGCACUCGACGAAUGGCAUGAAUACUGGCAGCCCAUCGAACAAGCGCUACCAAAGCGGCCGACAAGUAUGAUUUCUGACGAUAGCGAGAACGAGGAGGAGGAGGAGGAGCUUAAAACUCCGGACAAGAAGAAGAUCGCAGGCGGCAAAGCGAAACCGAAGGCAAAGCCAAAGGCUAAUAAAGUGCCACCGAAGCCCAAGGCCACGCCGAGGCCCAGGGGUUCUUCCAAGACCAACGUUGAGGCUCUGCCGCAAUCGAAAAUAGUCGAAGUAAAGGCUCAGCCUCGCAGCAUGUCAGUGGUCAAGACGGAAGAAGAUGACGAGAUGCAUACUGGUGGAACCAUGGCUGCUGACGAUGCGCCACACACUGGAGGCUCACCAGCUAGCAGGCAACAGAUAGGGGCUAUGAUGGCAGCUGUCACAGCGGAGACUGAAGCAUUGCCCGGGGAUAGGCAGGGCAAUUCCGCCAAAUAG